AUGGAAACUGAGCCACCCAAGUCCAAAGGCUGGUUCUGGUGGUUAUUCGUGUUCGUGAUUACGACUCUCGUCAUUGCAGCGUCUGUACUCACUCUCCGGAAGAAUUUUAAUCGAUCGGAGUCGAAGGCUUCUCCUGCCCCAGGGCAUGGAGGUGCCAUCGUCCACAAAUAUGCCGAGGCUCUUAAUAUUGCUAUGCAAUUCUUUGACAUACAAAGAUCUGGUAAGUUGGUGAACAAUCAGAUUGCUUGGAGAGGGAAUUCGGGCAGAGAAGACGGAACAGAAGCGAAUUUGGAUCUGUCAAAAGGAAUGUAUGAUGCCGGAGACCUCAUGAAGUUCGGGUUUCCGAUGGCUUUCACAGCAACAGUUUUGUCAUGGGCAAUUCUCGAGUAUGGAGAGCAUAUGAAAGCAGUGAAGGAGCUGAGACAUGCUCAAGACUCCUUGAAGUGGAUCACUGAUUAUCUGAUUAAUGCCCAUCCUUCGGACAAUGUACUCUAUAUUCAGGUUGGUGAUCCUGAGCUAGACCACAAAUGCUGGGAAAGGCCAGAAACCAUGACAGAGAGAAGACCUCUCACUCAAAUAAACACAUCCUAUCCAGGAACAGAAGUUGCAGCAGAAACUGCGGCAGCCAUGGCAUCCGCCUCUUUGGUGUUCAAGAACACCAACAAAACCUACUCCAAAUUACUCCUUGAACAUGCUCAAAAAUUGUUUGCUUUUGCAGACACUUAUAGAUCUUCUUAUAGUAUUAGCAUCCCUCAAGUACAGGAGUAUUACAACUCAAGUGGGUACGGGGAUGAGCUCUUGUGGGCAGCUUCAUGGCUCUAUCAUGCAACUAGAGAUCAAUGGUACCUCAGAUAUGUGACUGUGUUGAAUGGGAAUGGAUUUGCCAAUUGGGGAAGUCCAACAUGGUUUAGUUGGGACAACAAGUUGGCUGCAACUCAGGUUUUACUUUCCAGGGUGAAUUUCGUCGGUUCAAAAAAUAUCCCAACAGCAGAAAAUCUAGGCCUCCAGAUGUACAGAGAGACUGCUGAGGCUGUUUUGUGUGGGCUUCUACCAGAUUCACCAAUGGCAACAUCCUGCAGGACAGAGGGUGGGCUGAUAUGGGUGAGCGAGUGGGAUGCUCUGCAGUAUUCAGUGGCCUCAGCAUUUCUUGCUGUUCUUUAUAGUGAUUACAUGCUCAGCUCACAAACAUCAACGCUAUUUUGCAAUGGGGAACUAUACGAGCCAAUGGACCUUCGAAAGUUUGCCAUUUCACAGGCUGAUUACGUGCUGGGUGAAAACCCGAUGAAGAUGAGCUACCUUGUUGGGUAUGGAAGUAGCUACCCUCAGUAUGUACACCACAGGGGAGCUUCAAUUCCGGUUGAUGCCCAAACAGGCUGUGGCGAUGGGUUCAAGUGGCUUAAUUCGUCAGCUCCAAACCCAAAUGUAGCAAUUGGAGCACUUGUUGGUGGUCCAUUCCUAAAUGAUACCUACAUCGACUCCAGGAACAACUCUAUGCAAGCUGAACCCACCACUUACAACAGUGCCUUUGUCGUCAGCCUCCUUUCAGCACUCAUUGCUACAAAUUCUCCGGUGAUUCGGUCAUUUGCGUGAAAAAAAGUGUCGGUUUCAGGUACAUAUACCUUUUCUUGAAGGCCGUCGUUCAAACUUUUCGUGGUAGUCUAGCAUGGGUUACAGUGCAGUAGUGGUGGUACUCGAAUCAUGUGUUCAACAAUUGCUAGGA